GUAGUGAAAUGGUCGCUUUUGGUUUGGAUGAGUGUAGCUCUAAUCUUCAGACCUGUUGCUUCUUUGCACUAAAUAUUGCUCAAGCUACUUCUUUCCUGAUCAAGCCUACUACACAUUAAAUGAGUCAGAAGAAAAGAAAGUUCUCUCUGGACAGCUCCGUCAGUCAGGAGGGAGUGGGUCUGACCAGAGGACGCAGGGGCAGUUGGAAGAAGGGCCAACCACAACACAGUCUGGAUGAAGCUCGACAACACAUCCAGGAGCUCAACCGCAGCCUCCCUGCCACCACCUUCCGCAGGGAGCAAUCUAUAGCUGAGGAGAGCUUUGAGAGAACAGAUAUUAACAGCAGUAUUCCCAAGCACAACAAGAGCUUCCACAAACUGUUCCCAGAGAUUCCUGACAAGGAGAGCAUGACCCACGCUUUCACCUGUGCCUUGCAAAAAGAUGGGCUCUAUCAGGGGAAACUUUUCGUGUCAGAGAACAAUGUGUGCUUUUAUUCAUCUGUGCUCCUCAAAGAGACAAAGGUGAUCAUUCCUGUGUCCAGUGUUAGACAAGUGAAAAAACACCAGUCAGCCAUGUCUUUGCUCAUUCAAUCUGCUGAUGGAGAAAAGUACUUGUUUGUGUCCCUUAUGAACCGUGGGAUGUGCUACAAACUCCUCCAAAGUGUCUGUUCACAUAUACUACCAGAAAGCAACAGCAGCAGCCCACGUGUCUCAUCUGGAGAAAAUGAAGUUGAUUUUGAUGUAUCCUCCAACUCAAGUAGGGAAGAUAGUUUUGAUAAUCAUCUAAGCAGCAAGAACAAUAUCAAUAAUGACUUUGCAGAGUUUUCUAGUGAAGUUCAACCCAGACUGAUUCCCCCAAGUCAAAAUAUUGUAACAGACCAAGGAAACCACAGAGAAUGGAUUAGGAGUGUGGCCAAUUGGAUUACAUCAUUAUUCUUCAUCAGUGAAACCAGAAAUGUUCAUGUUCUCUUUUAUGCCUACAUCAUACUACUGCUGUUGCUGCUUUUGACUUCCGGCUACAUCGGCUUGAGGAUCAUUGCUUUGGAGGAACAUCUGACCUCUUUGGACUCAGUUGCUCCAGCGUCACACCACACAGGAUACAAGGAAACAUAAGCAGCAUGAGGGCACAAGAACAAGUCUUCAAGGACCUCCGUCUUUUGAGAUAAUCAAUCUAUGUCUAGACAGUGUCCCUUCAGUAUUACAACAUGGAGCCAUGGCAACAAACUGUACAACGCAUUAAACUUUUUUUUAAUAAACAAAAAGCACUGAGUUAAUACUAUUGGUGGGAGAUUUU